AUGGCCAAGUCGCGUGUUGGGCUAAGUAAGCCUACAACUGUUCCUCGCCUGGAACUGACAGCUGCUGUUUCAUCCGUCAAAAUCAGCAAUUUCCUGAGGGCCGAAUUGGAUUAUACCCAAGACGUCAUUGAGCACUUUUGGACAGAUAGUAAAGUUGUGUUAGGCUACAUCUCAAAUGAAGCUAAAAGAUUUCACAUAUUUGUGGCCAACAGAGUCCAGCAGAUAAGAGACAGCACCAAGCCUGAGCAGUGGCACCAUAUUUCAACCAAAGAAAAUCCUGCAGAUAUAGCAUCCCGCGGUGUUACAGCGAAGGAGCUGAUCAAUAGUGAAUUGUGGUGGAAAGGGCCAAAAUUUCUUGCCACACCAGAUGGAGUCCUCCUAGAGACAGAGAAGUUAACAGUGCCGAACGACGAUCCAGAAGUACGAAAGUCGGCUCGCUGCAUGGAGAGCCACGUCUGCAUGGAGAGCCAUGUCAUCCCUUGUGACAUGAUGGAGAGAUUCCAAAAAUUCUCAAGUUGGUUUCGACUGCAAAGAGCCAUAGCAAUCUGUCAGAAGUAUGUGAAGAAGCUCAAAACCUGUGAUGCAGCCCACUACUCUCCAGUGACUGUAGCAGACAUGGAUAGAGCCAAGCUACUCAUCAUCAGGACUGCUCAGGGUGUAACAUUUCCCAAUGAGAUUCGGGUCUUACGAGCGGAGCACACCACACAAGUCAUCAGCAGCAAAAGUCCUAUUUUCCAGUUGGAUCCAUUCCUUGACGACAAGGGUUUGCUUCGAGUGGGUGGCCGGUGUAACAUCUGUGGUUGUUUCCCAUGUGUCAGUGUUUCCAAACAAUAG